GUCACUCUGAAGGAAGAAACGACACUGAUCUCACGCAAACUCGCUCAGAAAAUAAUUUGUGGGAGAGGUCGCUUCACGCACGGCUAUGAUUCGGACAGGCCUGGGUUCCGGUUCAAGCCCGGUGGGUUUCCUCCAUUCAGAGCCGUGUUUUGAAUACCCGCUGCGUGUCACGCGGCCAGGUCACAUUAGCGAACAAAGCACGGCAAACUCACGCCCUCGCCAAGUUGCGCAGGCUCGGGCGGGUCCCUUCGCCGUCCCGAGGCUCCGUUCCCUCGCCUGUGGCGUGGGGACGCACAGUGCUGGAGAAGGGCGGCCGGCAGGAGUGGUGGGCAGUCCCCGGCAGCCACUGAUGCUUGUCUCUCUGUCGUGUGUGUACGUGUGUGUCCCACGGCCUGCCCGCUCAGGCUUCAAACUGUGUGUCAACGGCAGCCAUGAUGAGGCCCCCGUCCUGAGCGACAGGCGCCUGGAUGUGCCCCACAUCAUCAUCACCCCGCCGACCCCCACGGGCGUGAUUCUGCCGAGGGACUCCCGGAGGGCAGUCUGGCUGGAGGAGACGGGGUCGUGCCCGGAGGAUGGAGAAACAGACCCUGAGGCCUGAGGAGAAGGCACGCGUGCGUCGGGGAUUUGCCUGCACCGGCUCCGGCUCUGGCUGCCCUUCGCUUGGCGUGCCCCGGGGUGCCUGGGACAGAUGUGCUGAGAACGCUGGCUCGGAAGACAGAGCGAUCCCGGCACUGGACCGGCGGAGGCGUGACGGGAGGAGCGAGGGAUCGGCCCUGCCCCCGUCCAGAACGACAUUUCCCGGGCCCCGUUGAGCGGACCGGACCUCUGAUGCCUACAUACUCUUGCCGACCCCGGGGCACAGAGACGGCCAUCGGUACCAGGGAGAGGCUUUCUUCUAGACAGACUCCCAGCGGCCUGGGCCACGCAGACGGGUGCCCGGGAGGGCCGCACAUACAAGGACUUCUUGCAAAGGGCUGGUUUCAUUUUUUACGAGUUGUCUUACAGACAUUGAAACAGUCCAAAAAGUGAUUUAUGAUUUCUUUUUUGCACUGUAAGUAAAGAUCCCGUGUAACGAGCAGUGGACCCUGCUUCUUGGGCGGGCAGAGAAGGUGGUGCACCCCUGGGUACACAGGUAGGCUUCAGAGAGUCGCUUAUCGUGGAGGGGCUGGUCCAGCUGGUGAUGGGUCUUUGGAUGGUCUUGGCCCCUUGAUUUGCAGAGUGUCCUGUGCCUCCUCAUUCUGUGGCCAGCAGCUCCCGGAGCGCGUUCUUGGGACAGACACACAGAGCACAAACCAGGCCGUGCGAGAGCAUUCUCAGCUUCGGCGUGUGGGCCAAGCAGGUCACACGGCCAAACCCCACACGGGUGAGCUGGGUGGUCCCAUGGCACAGGAAGGGAUGGACGUGUCUAUUAAAGGGAGUGAGAGACGGGCUGGGAAUGAUAAUCCAGUCCCCCGGUGUAGACACUAUCAUUAUCCCCAUUUUACAGAUGGGGCACUUGAGGAACUUAGAGGCUCAGAUCCCUUGCCCAAGGCCAUCAGAUAGUAAGAAUUUGAACCCAGACCCCGUACUCUUUUCUUUUUUAAUAUAAAUUUAUUUAUUUAUU